AUGGCACAGGAAGAAGAGGAAGAAGGCGGUUUCAUUAGACCGGUUCGUGGAGCACAACGAAGGGCUAGACGGGCUGUUAGUUAUGCAGAAAGUAAUUCGGAGGAUGAGUCGAUAGAGGUGCGGAGUGGCCGAGGCAACGGCAGAGACAGCAGUAGCGGCGAGUCUUUGAGUAUGGGGAGCUCUGCAACUUCGUCCGGGUCACCGGAAGUUGUAGAGAUCUACUCCUCCUCUAGCGAUGAGGACGAGCCGCUUGCGGUCUCCCGCAAACGACACGCAGCGACGAGGACGACGAAGAGGACGACGACUGCGUCCAAGAGGAAGAAAGGUGAGCCAAAGCUGACGCCGUAUGAGCGCAAUACCCUGAAGCUAUAUGAACAUCAUCCGUACCUGAAGGACGUGUUCCAUAAGCUGUCUGCGAUGCCGGCUUAUGUUCCGCGCAAAGCGGAACAACCGUCCGGUAUGACGAUAAAACUGCUGCCGUUUCAGCUGGAGGGGCUACACUGGUUGUUGCAGCGGGAGACUCAUAGUGUAUACAACGGAGGAAUUCUUGCAGAUGAAAUGGGUAUGGGAAAGACUAUUCAAACCAUUGCGUUGCUGAUGAAUGAUCGGUCUAAGCGGCCGACUCUAGUCGUCGCACCGACGGUUGCACUUAUGCAGUGGAAAAAUGAGAUUGAGCGUCACACCGCUGGCAAUUUAAGUACGUACAUGUACCAUGGCCCUAACAGGACAAUUGAUAUGGGGGAUUUGGCAGAUGUGGGCGUAGUUUUGACAACUUAUGCAGUGCUAGAGUCUGUUUAUAGGAAGCAGGUUCAUGGGUUCAAACGUAAGACAGGUAUCUUUAAGGAGCAAUCGGUGCUGCAUGGUAUAAACUUCUACCGAGUGGUGCUUGACGAGGCACACAAUAUUAAGGAUCGUAGUAGCAACACCGCAAAAGCUGUAAAUAUGCUGAGGACGCAGAAACGGUGGUGUCUCACAGGUACACCGUUACAAAAUCGAAUCGGAGAGAUGUACUCUUUGAUACGGUUCUUGGACAUUGAGCCGUUUACGAAAUAUUUUUGUAUGAGGUGUGAUUGCGUUGAUACAACAUGGAGGUUUUCGGACAACUUGCACUGUGACAAUUGUAACCAUGUUGGUAUGCAACACACAAACUUCUUUAAUCAUUUUAUGCUCAAGAAUAUCCAGAAGUACGGAAUUGAGGGUCCUGGGUUAGAAUCUUUCACUAAUAUUCAAACCUUACUUAAAAAUAUUAUGUUAAGAAGAACUAAACUUGAACGUGCAGAUGAUCUUGGCUUGCCUCCGAGAAUUGUAACUAUACGCAAAGAUUUUUUCAAUGAUGAGGAGAAGGAUUUGUAUCAAUCACUUUACUCUGAUUCGAAAAGAAGUUACAAUUCCUACGUAGAGCAAGGUGUAGUUUUAAACAACUAUGCCAACAUCUUCACACUGAUAACUAGGAUGCGGCAGCUCGCGGACCAUCCAGAUCUGGUGCUGAAGAGAUUAAAGGGCGGCGUUGGCGCUAGUAAGUUAUCUGGUGUGAUUGUGUGCCAAUUGUGUGACGAUGAAGCAGAAGAACCCAUUGAGUCUAAAUGCCAUCAUAGAUUCUGCCGCCUUUGCGUAACCGAAUAUAUUGAAUCAUUUAUGGGUCAUGAAUCAAAAUUAACCUGCCCGGUAUGCCACAUUUCGUUCAGUAUCGAUAUAUUGCAACCGGCAUUGGAAGUGGAUGAAGAUCUUUUUAAAAAGCAGAGUAUUGUUAGUCGGCUUAAUAUGAAAUCCGGAGCGUGGAAAUCUUCAACCAAGAUUGAAGCGUUGGUGGAAGAACUUUACAACCUAAGAAGUCAUAAUUGCACUCUAAAGUCAAUCGUUUUUUCACAGUUUACUUCGAUGCUGGAUCUGGUUGAAUGGAGAUUGAAAAGAGCUGGAUUUCAAACUGUUAAAUUACAAGGUAGUAUGACACCUACACAACGUGACCAAACAAUAAACUACUUUAUGAGCAAUGUUCACUGUGAAGUUUUUUUAGUUAGUUUGAAAGCUGGUGGUGUCGCAUUAAAUUUAUGUGAAGCCUCUCAAGUAUUUAUUCUAGAUCCAUGGUGGAAUCCUAGUGUGGAAUGGCAAAGUGGAGACAGAGUGCAUAGAAUUGGCCAAUAUAGACCUGUGAAAAUAACAAGAUUUUGUAUUGAAGACAGUAUUGAGUCAAGGAUUAUAGAACUUCAAGAAAAGAAAGCUAAUAUGAUACACGCUACCAUAAAUAAGGACGAAGCAGCUGUCAACCGCCUAACACCAGAAGAUUUGCAAUUCUUAUUUAAUAAUUGA